GACCAGUCCACUAACGCAUGCGUAGUAUCGCAGAUCGGCCUCGUGCUGGUGUCUUGCAUAUUAUAUACCUAGCGUGCUGACGUGUUUGAUACAAGAACAGACGAUGCAGAUCUUUGUGAAGACUUUAACAGGAAAGACGAUCACUUUAGAGGUAGAAGCCAGUGAUACAAUCGAAAACGUAAAAGCGAAGAUACAAGAUAAAGAAGGCAUUCCUCCUGAUCAGCAACGUCUUAUCUUUGCUGGCAAGCAACUUGAAGAUGGAAGAACUUUGAGUGACUACAACAUUCAGAAGGAGUCUACUCUUCACUUGGUAUUGCGUCUGCGUGGUGGUGUGAUUGAGCCAAGUCUCCGAGUACUUGCUCAAAAGUACAACUGCGACAAGAUGAUAUGCAGAAAGUGCUAUGCAAGGCUUCCUCCACGAGCAACCAACUGCAGAAAGAAGAAGUGUGGUCACUCCAAUAACCUUCGGCCAAAGAAGAAGCUGAAAUAGAUGACUUGGUGUAUUGCUGUGAUUUGAUUAUCAAAUAGACCGCUGUUUAUGUCAAGUCAUGUGUCAGUAAAGUGUUCAGAUGUAUUUUUAAGCUCAAUCUGUUACCUGAAGCCUCUCAAUUGAGUCUCUUUUUGGGUGGUAUAA